GCGCAGGGGAGCGAGGGCGCUUGGUGAGGUGCUGGGUCGCCAUGGCGACGGCGGCGGCGCUGGGCUGGUGGGCCUUGGGCCUGGCCGCGCGUCGGGCCCGGCUCCUCCCGGCAUCCUCCCCUAGCCUGGAGCCGGCCUUUUCCCGGGCCCUGAGCCUGCGGAACUCGCGGCUGCUGGGUGCGAGGAGGCAGGAGGCAGGCCGGGCUUGCGGGCGCUCCGACCCUCCGGGGAGCGGCGGCCGCAUGGAGCCCGUCUGGGCCACCCCGCCUCGCCUGCAGAGGCGCGAGUCCGCGCUGGAUCACCUGGCCGGGAUCGCCCCGGGAGAAGCGGGGGAGCCGUCUCUGGGGGGGCCGGUCGCCCCGCCCGCCUGCGCCUUCCACGGUGAUCACAAGUCCUUGAUGUCCCACCGCCCAGAUCAGCCGGAGAACCCCAAAGUCUUGAGAGUGGCCAUUAUCGGGGCUCCCAACGCUGGCAAGUCCACCCUCUCGAACCAGCUGCUCGGACGGAAGAUCCUGGCGGUCUCCAGGAAGGUGCACACAACAAGGUGUAACGCUCAAGGCGUCCUCACAGUGGAGGAUACCCAACUGAUUAUCUUGGACACCCCUGGCCUCACCACCGCUGCCAAGGGCAAAAG